AUUCUCGCCAUUGGUCUUGCCAGAGAAUGAGAUAAGAAUGAACUUUGUCUCCUAUUGUGAAGAAAUGAGGAUAGCGGCUUAAAUCUAUAGCUAAGUAUUUGACAACCGUAAAAUACCUUAAUUCCCUUAUAACGUUUUGACUGAAGUGCUUAACGGUCGAUAAAGUGUGAGACUCGGUCACUGAAUGCGUCGGUCGGCGUGCGCUUAUUAGGACCCCAAACAGAAUGAGUGGAGUAGAGGGAAACCGUCCCGAGUUUAUAAUUUGACGCUAAUAUCUUCUGGGUGUUGUCUAAAUAAAGGAAGUAGCAUUGAACUCAGCGUGCAUGGAGCCGAGCAGCAUGUCCGAGAGCAGAUCGGAUGAUGUUGGAUGUGACUUAACUGGAUCGGAAUCAGCUGUCAGUAAUGCCACCCACGGCAGCCGGACGUCCAGACAGGGCACCGUUGUGGAGCGACUCUCGAGGUAUGUCAUGCCCAGUGCUUUCCAGCGUAGGUCGAGGCUGCAGAGGCAGAUGGAAGUCACUGACAGCUCCGCACCGGGAGGACUCCAGAGGGAGGCUCCGGAGAGAGGCUCGUUCACACCCGCUAUGCGUAAAAAAUACCUGAAAGAGUUGCUGUUAAGCAAUCCAACACACAGCGGUUUUAGUAGCGUACUGUCACAAACGCACAGUGUGUCCUCCGAGCAGGACGAAGGCUGGGCUUUGUAUCCGAUGGAGCACGCGUGGAUGCUGUCUGCAGUGGAGGGAAACUAUGAAACCAUCCUGGAGUUCAUCUCCGAGGACCCCUAUCUGUUAACCAGGAAGGAUUUCAUCAGUGGGUACUCAGUCCUGCACUGGUUGGCCAAGAGAGGACAGGACGAGACUCUGCUCAAACUUUUAAGGUACGCGGAAAGUGCGGGGAUCCCGGUGAAUGUGGACGUGCGGGGCAGCGGCGGGCUCACCCCGCUGCAUGUCGCCAGCAUGCACAGGCAGUACAUGGUCAUCAAGCUGCUGGUCGGAGCUUUCAGUGCCAACGUAGAUGCCAUGGACUACAAUGGAAAGAGAGCCUGGCAGUAUCUGAAGGGAGACGCCCCGCUGGAGAUGAAGGAGCUGCUGGGGACCUGGGAUGAUGACCACGGAUGUGGAUGUGCGCAAAAUGUCAACAAAAACGUCAACAACAACAGCGCUGGCGCAAUGAACAUGACCGCAUAUGACGAGGUCGAUCGUGGAGAGACAGAUCACGUGAACUCCUUUGACCCGGCUAAGACGGGGAGCAGCUGGGGGUUUGGGUCUUUGAGAAAGUUGCUGCCCUCGUUUUCAUUUCUUGGGAACAAAAGCUGAGUCUGGUUAUGACAUGCCUCCAAAUAUGUGCAUUAUUUUCAAUCAGUUCACGUUUUUUUGUGGUUCCUAACCUCAUGUGGAGCAAAUAUCUUCAUGCCAAGUCAUUUCUGCAUAUUGAGGCCUUAGUUCUUAAAACAAUUGUAAUUUAAAUAAUUCAUUAUAGAGCAACCCACAUUGCUUUCAAGACAACCACUUCUUCUUGAGAACAAGUUAAACUGCAACCUUUUCAGGAUUGAAUAAGCAAUGAUCAAAGGGAUUUAUUUUAAAGGUUUGCUUUGGUUGUCAAAUACUUAAUACCAUGCCCUCCCAUAUCCUUCAGACAAAAAUGACAACUUGUGAUAGAUUAAUAGACAUUGCUACAUUAGGGGGGCUCAAGUUAAGGUCGGGAGCCACUGCACCAUUUCACCUAUAAAGUAUUUAAUCAGUAUGCUUUUCAUGGAGCCCAGUGAAAGUACUGGCACUUGAUUAGAUUAAUUUUGAUGAACAUUUUCUUCCAACCUACCCAGUUGUGCUUAUGUGAACAGCUCAACAUUUGGGAUUGCUGACCUGGCAAACCACUUUAAGUAAACAUUUCAUAGUUUGUCCUGCUACUAGAUUCAGCUUCUUGAAUUGCACUGCUGUCUUUGGCACAAGAAACAAAGUCAGAGCUUAGUAGUAGCCAAACUAGAAAUAACCACAAUCUUCCAUUAACAUGUAGAAAUUCUCCUCUUAAAAAGUGCAGAAUUGCAUGAAAGGCAUGUGGUCAGGAGAGUGAAACCCUUUGAGUGCUUGUCUUCGUAAAGAGAUGUGUCAGUGGCAACCCUCAAUGUAACGUUUGCCUCAGAUGUACAGUCUGUAAAUAGAUAACCAAAUGUCAAGUUUGAUCACAGAUCUUUUAUUGUCAAACAUGAGCAUAACCAGAGUAUCUGUACAAAAUGACUGCUGGACCAGAUAACAUGACUCCGUGCUUGUGGACAGGCCCAGCAGCUGGAGGUCCUGGCAGAUGUUGGGAUGCUUGGAUCCAGGGACCCUCAUGUUUACAGACCGAGCUUGGUCCUCCUCCAGUGUCUCCUCUUGGAGUUGUACCUGAAAAACAUUAGAAA